AUGGCGUCCAUAGAGCAUUCCCUCCUGGAUCUGACAGAUAAAGAAACCCGGGAGAAGCUGUGUUUGUGGGACCGACGUACAGACGCCAUGGCUCCUCUGACAGAGACCCAGACAGAUUCUGUUUUAGAGCUGCGGACUGCUGCAGAGGAGCUGCCUGUUCCCUCUGAGUUGCCCAUUGAGGACUUGUGCAGUUUGUCAUCACGGUCAUUACAGUCCUUUAGUGCCACAGUGCCCGCUUCUACAGAGGACGUGUUGCUGAGGGGCUUUCAGAUGCUGGACAUGGAGAAUGACAGGAUAGAAACAGCACAGCAGUUUUUUGCCUGGUUCGCCAAGUUACAAGCCAGCAUGGACCAAGAUGAGAGCGCAAAAUACAGGAAAACAAGGGAUGAUCUUUACUGCUACCAGGAGCAGUGUGAUGCUAUUCUUAAAGACGUCAGUGCAGCAUUAGACCAGUUGGGAUCUCUUCAGAAACAGUAUCUGUUUGUGUCAAACAAGACCGGCACACUGCAUGAAGCUUGUGAACAACUUCUCAAAGAGCAGUCUGAGCUUGUUGACCUGGCUGAGAGCAUUCAACAGAAGCUGUCAUAUUUUAAUGAGUUAGAAAACAUUAACACGAAAUUGAACUCUCCAACACUGUCUGUAAAUAGUGAAGGCUUUAUACCAAUGUUGUCCAAACUUGAUGACUGCAUUGAAUAUGUUUCCUCCCAUCCUAAUUUUAAGGAUUACCCAAUUUAUAUGGCUAAGUUUAAACAAUGUCUUUCGAAAGCUAUGCAUUUUAUGAAGAUCCAUAUUGUAAACACUAUGCAGAAUCUUACGAGUCAGCUAACAAAAAGGGAUCCAAUGGGGUUGGCAAAUGCGGACAAUGCUUUUACACUUUAUUAUGUUAAGUUUCGAGCAGCUGCACCCAAAGUUAGAACAUUAAUUGAACAGAUUGAAAAGCGGGCAGAAAGGAUUCCAGAAUAUCAGAACCUGCUUGAUGAGAUUCACCAGUGUUACCUCGACCAGAGAGAUCAGCUGCUAAGCCCCAGUAUUACAUCCACCAUUACAGACCUGACCAACCAAAACACCAAAGAUCACUGCGCUCUGGUCCGGAGCGGAUGUGCGUUCAUGGUGCAUGUGUGUCAAGAUGAACACCAACUGUUCUACGAGUUUUUCUCCAAACCUACAUCCAAACUGGACGAAUUGUUGGAGAAGUUGUGUCUGUCUUUAUACGACGUCCUCCGGCCACUGAUUAUCCACAUCAUCCACUUGGAAACGCUGUCGGAGCUCUGCAGCAUCCUCAAGAACGAGAUGCUGGAAGAUCAUGUUCAGAACAAUGCGGCGCAGUUGGGAGCCUUUGAUGCUGUUGUGAAGCAGAUGCUGGAGGAUGUUCAGGAAAGGCUGGUGUAUAGAACGCAUAUUUACAUCCAGACGGACAUCACCGGAUACAACCCAGCCCCAGGGGAUCUGGCCUAUCCGGAGAAACUAGAAAUGAUGGAGAGAAUUGCUCAGAGCUUAAAGGAGGAACAGAUGAAGCACAUGUCACAGGAAGCGUCCUUUUCUGACGUGCAGCUGGAGGAAGGGGGCAGCAGAAGGAGCAGUAGUGCUGGGAGUGUGGAAGCAUCUCGCCCACAGACAUCCAUUUCUCCUGCUGAUCUGCACGGCAUGUGGUACCCCACUGUCAGAAGAACACUAGUUUGUCUGUCCAAGCUCUACAGGUGUAUGGAUCGCACUGUCUUCCAAGGUUUAUCUCAAGAAGCCUUAUCCGCCUGCAUCCAAUCUCUGCUCAAAGCUUCAGAAAUCAUCCUCAAAAACAAGACACAAAUAGACGGGCAACUUUUCCUGAUCAAGCACCUGCUGAUAAUGCGUGAACAGAUUGCCCCAUUUCACACCGAUUUUGCCAUCAAGGAAAUCUCACUGGACCUGAAGAAAACACGAGAUGCUGCCUUCAAAAUCCUCAACCCCAGGGCUGUUCCCAAACUCUUCCGCUUUAACAGUCACAAUGCCAUCCUGGAGUUCCUACUGGAGGGAACACCGGAGAUAAAGGAGCACUACAUCGACUCAAAGAAGGAUGUGGACCGGCACUUGAAGUUCAGCUGUGAGCAGUUCAUCCAGCAGCAGACUCAGAUCUUUGUGGGGAGCCUCGAGGAGUUUCUCACCAAGGUUGCUGCUCUUAAAACAACAGCGAUACAAGGUGGUCCCACGUAUAACCUGGCUCAGCAACCUUGGGCCCAGCCAGCAAAGAUCAACGAUGUAGUGAUGGCUACCUACCGGGUGAUGAAGAGCAAGCUGCCAAGCACUUUGCAGAGCAUGUCCUUGUACUUGGCCAAUAGAGACACCGAAUUCAUUCUUUUCAAGCCUGUCAGGAAUAACAUCCAGCAGGUAUUUCAGAGGCUGCACACCUUGCUUCAGGAGGAAUACAGAGGAGAAGACCUUCAAAUCAUCGCGUGUCCAUCGAUGGAGCAGAUUAACCUUCUGCUGUCUGCGAAUAAGUAA